GUGGUGUAAAGAACAAUGGCUUCUGUAUGUAAUGCGCUGUCUCUGUGUUAUGACGGGGAUUCUUAUCACCAUUUCACAGAAGAUACAGUCUUAAAUGGUGAAGACCUGCGUGCGGUUGUGCAGCACUUCCUGGAUGAGGUGAACAGACAGAGGGUCUUCAAGCAGCAGGGGCAGGUCACAUGGAACGAUGGCGUCAAGUUUCUUAUGGCCAGAAAGUUUGACCUGAAAAGGGCCAUCGAUUUGUUCAUCUCCCAUGAGGGUGUAAGAGAAAGAGAAGAUUUGGUGAAUAUUGACCCAAGUGAUAAGUACUUGCAGAGAGAAAUAUCCACAGAAAAGUUUACCAUCUUGAAUGGUCGAGACAACAGCGGUGCUGCCCUUGCAUUGUUCACCGCCCGGAACCAUCAACCCCCCAAGACCACCCACCAGAUUGUCCUGAAAGGUCUCAUCUACCAGCUUGACGCGGCACUACACAGCCUGGAGACUCAGCGCCAUGGCCUGGUGUUUGUCUAUGACAUGACAGACUCAAAGUAUGCUAACUUUGACUAUGAGCUCAGCAUCAAGAUUCUCAACCUGUUGAAGGGUGGUUACCCGGCCAGAUUGAAGAAAGUCCUCAUUGUCACAGCCCCCCUGUGGUUCAAGGCCCCUUUCAAGAUCCUCCGACUGUUUGUCAGGGAAAAGUUACGUGAUAGGGUUUACACUGUGAGCUUGUCCCAGCUGUCCCAGUAUAUCCCCCGAGAUUCUAUCCCGGAACAUCUAGGGGGAAGCGUCCCCACCAGCCACAAGGCUUGGCUGCAGUUGUGUUAUAAGAUAGCCAUCAGUGAAACAGUAGACAUGGACUCCUACUUCAUCAGCCGGAAACGCUCGUACAGCUCCACAGGAGACGGCGAAUCACGGAGCUCCGUCACCCGCAGUCUAUCCAGUGAUAUGGAUCUGCAUUUCAGUGAUAUGGACUCAGAGACUUCCAAGGAAACAGUGAAUGAGAAACACAACCAUGAGGACCGGGAGAAGGAACGGGAAGAUGUUCGGGAUGGGAACAAGGAUGUGUUCAUUGAAAAAGAGUCUGAUUCUAUUCUGAUGUCAGGUAAGAAACGCCGGACGUCGGAUGGUAGAAGUAACGCUGAUUCCAGGAAGAGAAUCUCUGAUUCAAGCACAGUGGAUAAUUCACCCAACGAUCAGCAAGUUUCUGAUUUGCCGAUCAAGCGGCGACCUCCAUCGUCAGGGUCGAACAUCCUGGAUGACUCCAUUCACAUGCCGGAUCAGGGCGGUAUGAACCUGAAGCAGCUGGUGGAACAUGUCAAGUCACUGCGGAGGAAAGGACUAUUCUCAGAGUAUGCCAGAAUCAAAAUGGAGGCACCCACAGGCACAUUCAACGCAUCCAAAGCUCGUGUCAAUCUGCCAAAGAAUCGCUACACCGAUGUGCUGUGUUUCGACCAUAGUCGUGUUGUCCUGCCUGUCAUGGAUGCAGACCCCACCUCCGACUACAUCAACGCCAACUUUGUCGACGGCUACAUGCAGAAAAACUCUUACAUCAGUACACAGGGUCCAUUACCCAAAACAUUUGUGGACUUUUGGUCCAUGGUGUGGAAUUACCAGUGUCAAGUGAUCGUCAUGACAACAAGGACAAUUGAGCGACAGAGGAUGAAAUGUGGCCAGUACUGGCCCAACGAGGAGCAGACAGACGAGCAGUUUGAGGAGUUUAUUGUCUACAACAAUGGUAUCAGUACACGCAAAGACUACACUGAAACUAAGCUUCUCUUGCAUAACACCAAGACUGGAGAGUCAAGGGAGAUAACUCAUCUACAAUUCACCAGCUGGCCUGACUUUGGUGUACCCCCUGCAACAACUUUCUUAGACUUUCUCUUCCAUGCACGACAGUGUCAGGAGGAAGCGACUAAAUUCAUGGGGGGAGGAUGGCAGGGACAUCCUCGAGGCCCACCAAUGGUUGUUCACUGCAGUGCUGGCAUUGGCAGAACAGGAACAUUCAUCACCAUAGACAUCUGUUUGCGGAGACUGGAGGAUAUCGGCACCGUGGAUGUCCAGGAGUCGGUGCGACGCAUCCGUAGCCAGCGCUGCUACAGCAUCCAGAUGCCCGACCAGUAUGUCUUCUGUCACCUCGCCAUCAUUGAACACGCCGUCCGCAAUGGACUUAUUAAAGAAGUGGACUUGGCACUACUGGAUGACAGUGAUGAGAGUGACUGAACAUCAUCUGCAUGUGGGAUUUACAUGACGAAACAUUUUAUAUUCUAUGUUUGAGUCUGUGUUUGUCUGUUCUAGCAGUGCGAUUUGUUGCAUCUCUGGUGCUGUGUGUCAGCAGAGUGUGCCAAGCUUACACUGGCCUGCACCGAGUUCUUCUCCCCGAGGAGUGUGUUGUAGUAGCAGGUGAACACUGCUCUUCCAGCUUCUGUCCGUUUAGACUCUGGCAACAGAUAAAGACACAAUGUUUUGUUGUCCCUGUGAAUCAAGUUGAAAUAAGCUUCCAAAUGUUUUGUGCUUUUGCCCUCUUGGAAGGCUUUGUGUAAAUAACUAUUAGUUUUUUGAAUGGACAGCUUUGAUAUUGUUUCCUGCAGAUGGGGCUUGUAUUAAAGAGAAUAUGAAAACACAUACAACUGAACAUCAUUAUGCAUUUGUCCUGCUUGUUGGGUAGUUGCCAACUCGAAGUGCUAUAGGGAUUUGCCCUGUAGACAGAACUAAUGUGAAAGACCACUUGUGCUAUGGCAUACUUAGCACGGACAUUACAAACAACAUGAGCCAGCAGAACCUUGGGUGUAAACUACAGUGUCCACCAGUGUCCACCUACAUUUCGGUCAUCACCUGUGCACCUACAGCUUGACUGAAGUAGCAGACUCUAUGUCAGAUAUGUCCGCAAGCAUUCUUGUUUACAACACAGUUUCUGUUGUGGCAUACCUUAGUUGAAGUUGGGAGUUUUCCAUCUAGUGCCUCGUUCUUUCACUCCAGACAGUCUUGUAAUCAGCUACAAAACAGGAAGGAAAUUAUGAUAAGGUGAAAUGUAGAUGUGGUUCAACUUAAGUGUGGACAUGGCAGCAGCUGUUGUGAAGUGGUUCAACUUAAGUGUGGACAUAGCAGCAGCUGUUGUGAAGUGGUUCAACUUAAGUGUGGAUAUGGCAGCAGCUGUUGUGAAGUGGUUCAACUUAAGUGUGGACAAGGCAGCAGCUGUUGUGAAGUAGUUCAACUUAAGUGUGGACAUGGCAGCAGCUGUUGUGAAGUGGUUCAACUUAAGUGUGGACAUGGCAGCAGCUGUUGUGAAGUGGUUCAGCUUAAGUGUGGACCAGUGUUUGCCAAAUUGUCAGGAAGUGGAUCAGCGCAACAUGUGUUUGGAUGAAAUAAGCUAUCACAAGGAGGUUCAACUUCAUGAAAUGUUUAUGUAAAAGAUGGUUACUGCCACUCGAGUGAGUUAAGAGACAGAUGUUAAAACUGACCAAUAAAUCCUUGUUUAAUCUGAUUGAUAUUCUGUCUGAGGACAUUAUCUUACAAUUUCUUUUGCUGUUUUCAAUUUUAUUUUGAUGGGUAACUUCAUUACUUUGUAUGUAUCCUAAAAAUAUACUCUGUAUUUUAUAAAAAAAAACUUUUUUUUAUAGUACUCUCAUUUUAUUUAUUUUAAAUGUGUGUACCUGUAAGGGGUAGUUUGUUGUCAUUUUGCUUUGUACAAUGUGUGUACUUCUGUGUUUAUCUUAAGCUGUGGUCUUGUCUGAUCUGAAUGUUUAGAUAACAAGUUACUUUCAAACUUCAUCCAACACAUAACACAGUCACUAAUUUAUUGUAUGUUAGUAUAAAGCUGGUAAUUGAGUUGCCGCACAGGAGUUGUCUGCCCACAAGGGAGAUAACUUCAGUAACAUUUACUCUUCAUUAGAACUAAUUUCCCAUUCUGUACAUGCAUUCAUGUACUUAUAGCAUGAUUGCGUUACUGUGGUUACUCAUUUCAUUUCUCCAGGUCACAAUGUAUUUUGCCUGUAUUGUAUCCAUCAUAUACUGAGUUCAUCAUUAUUCGUUGGUGUGAUAUUGUGGACGUAGUGCUCUUAUUGUACUGCACCACCACACACUGCUAGUGGAACAACUGACUAUAUAUGAGAGUGUCUUCAGACAUGUACUGCUGUCAUAUACUGUUUCCCUAUCGACAAGUUAUGCUUGUUCAUGUAGCCAUUUAUCGUAAACUUGCAGUGAAGAGCUGAUAUUUCUGAAUUCAUAUUUUAUUUUUAUGUGUAAGCAUAGGCUAUCCAGUUCGUUCAUCACAUAGUCAUCGCAUAUUUAUUAUUAUACCUUGUAGGAAACUAACAUGACAUGAGUAUGAUGUCAAUCAAAACUCAGAAUUUGCAUAUUAGUUACAUGUUGUGUCUUGUUUUCAUAAUUGUUGAACUUGGGUUGAGCAUUGAGACAAUACUUGAUUAACUUGUCAAAAAACAUUUGUAUCCAAUAGUUUCUGCCAAACCUUUUUCCCAUUAGCCCAAAUAAGCACAUAUUGAAAUCAGUAUGUUAUGCCUAUAGCCAACAGGACAGAUAACGCAAGACAAAAAUCAUAAGGGACUGGUAGUUUAUAUAUUGGUGGGGGAGAAUGGUCUUAGGACUGUAUCAUAUUUUGCUGCCCACCCCACCCCCAAAUUAAGUAACAUUUUUUAUGACCAGUCCCUUACCCUAAAUAAUGUUAAAAAUAAUGUUUUUUAGUUGCCAAUCCUGCUUUGUUGCUGUGAUUUUUUAAUACUCCCCAUUUGGCCAAACAAUCAAGUCAUUUCAAUCACAGAUGUUAUGUUGUCAAACAAUCUGUGAAGAACCUGCCAGUGUUGUUGUGUUGUCAUGACGACUGAAUAAAUUUGACUUAGGAUAUAGAGACACAUACUCUUUGCCAUGUUGAUUUCCCAGACAGAGCCAUGCAUAAUUGGAGAGGUGUCUCUCCUUUUCCUGAAGGAACCACAUCAUUUAUUAGGCUUUUCUCUGGGCUUUUGAGGAUGUUAACAUUUUUGUUUACAUUUUGAUAUUAGUAAAUGGCCUUUUUAUCGUAUGACAUUAAUCUGCUGUAUAGCUAUAUUAUUGUUAAGCUGCCAUAUUAACAGAUUUCUUUUUUGACUUAAUGCAGUUAACAGAAUCAUUUACUUACCAGUGAUCACUGACAACAGCUUGUCUCUCCUUUGUGAUCACUGAUAAUAGCUUGUCUGUCCUCAGUGACCAUUGAGAACAGCUUGUCUCCCCUUAGUGAUGACUGAUAAUAGCUUGUCUGUCCUCAGUGACCAUUGACAACAGCUUAUCUGUCCUCAGUGACCAUUGACAAUACUUUGUCUGUCCUCAGUGACCAUUGACAAUAGCCUGUCUCUUCUCAGUGACCAUUGACAGUAGCUUGUCUGUCCUCAAUGACCAUUGACAAUAGCUUGUCUCUCCUCGUUGAGCAUUGACAUUAGCUUGUCUGUACUCGAUGACUGUUGACAAUAGCUUGUCUGUCCACAAUAACCAUUGACAAUAGCUUGUCUGUUCUCGGUGACUAUUGACAAAAUAGCUCGUCUGUCCUUGAUGACCACAGCAAAUGGCUUGUCUGUUUUCAGUGACCACGGACAAUAGCUUUUCUGUUCUUGGUGACCAUUUACAACAGCUUGUCUGUUCUCGAUGACCAUUGACAAUAGCUUGUCUGUCCUUGAUGACCACUGAAAAUGGCUUGUCUGUCCUCAGUGACCACGGACAAUAGCUUUUCUGUUCUUGGUGACCAUUUACAACAGCUUGUCUGUUCUCGGUGACCAUUGACAAUAGCUUGUCUGUCCUUGAUGACCACUGAAAAUGGCUUGUCUGUCCUCAGUGACCACGGACAAUAGCUUUUCUGUUCUUGGUGACCAUUUACAACAGCUUGUCUGUUCUCGAUGACCAUUGACAAUAGCUUGUCUGUCCUUGAUGACCACUGAAAAUGGCUUGUCUGUCCUCAGUGACCACGGACAAUAGCUUUUCUGUUCUUGGUGACCAUUUACAACAGCUUGUCUGUUCUCGGUGACCAUUGACAAUAGCUUGUCUGUCCUUGAUGACCACUGAAAAUGGCUUGUCUGUCCUCAGUGAUCACUGAUAACUGCAUGUCUGGUCCUUGUGUUGGUUUUAUCAAAUAUAUAUAUAUGUUCAUAGUAGUGUGUGAAAUUAGGGAAAUAAAAUCUGAUAACAUGAAACAUUAUUGAUAAGUAGUCCUACUCUUUAUUCAUAUGAUAAAAUAGGAUGAGGCUGAGAAAUUUCCUUGCAAUAUUUCUGCAUGUACAAUACUAGGGAAGACCAUAUAAUCUAAUGUAUGUAACUAGUCAACAUAAACAAUAUAAUACUCCCCCAGCUCUGCAUCUAGGGUGAAUCAAAUGGUCAUUAUGAAAGCAUUGUCCUCAGUAGUGGGCAGACCUAGCAGGCAUCGCCAGUGUUCCUUCCAUACCUAAUGGAGAAAGCUAUGUAUAUUUUUAUAUCCACAUGAAAUUUUAGGAGUAGAGAAAACAAUAUUUUGCACACCUGUUUUCACCGGAUAGUUAACUGGUAUAUACAUUAGAUUGCAAUAUAUCUUAUGUAGGUAAAGUAUUCUGAUUAUUCUGAUUAAUCAUAUCCCUUCUGAAGGUUGAUAUUCUAUUUGUGGAGAAAGAUAUUUUCGUAAUCUAUGUGAAACUGAAAUGAAAUGUCAUUGAUGGAAAUUACAUGUAUUUACUAUUGUGUUCCGUAAGUGUUGUUUUCAGAAAAAAAACAUUCGGAGUAAUUAUGGAAAAUAAUAAUUUUAUGAAUUGACAGUGCGGGAAUGUUAGGAAUGUGUCUAUGUUGGUGGUGUACAGUGAGUGAUAUAUGUGAUGUGGUAGUUUGGGCUUCUGUGACCCCCUGCCAGUGACAUCCUCCCCAACUUGAUGAUGGUCACCGCAUCCUUCCUUGAUGUCCAGGUCUCAUCAGAUUAACAUGCUGUCUGUACUGACAGAAUGUCAAGGCCGACGUGUGUACAUUUUCGUACUUUCGUUAUCAUGUUUGAGAUGGUCAUGGUAAUGGAAGCAUGUUUGAUAAUCAUCAGGGUAUGCAUUUUCAGAAUACAUUUGGUGUUAGUGCAGUAUUAUGUUCAAUGAAGUCCCGAGAGACUGCUCCAUAUUGUAUUUGUAUUCAUUAAUAGCAUAUUCAAAUGCUUUUUCAUCAGUUUCUAUCGAUGUUCACAGAAUGGUUGAUUUUGAAGUCUACAAGUAAAAAACAUGAUCUGUUGCUUCAUUAUGGCACAAAAUGCAAUACCCAUGUUGUUAGAUCCCUUGAGCUUCACUGUGGAGCAUGGCCAAGGAAUACUUUUUGCUUUAGAAGGAACCCAUCCAAAUAUGCAUAAUUUCUGGCUAUUUUGAUAUAUGGUUGGGGUAGAAACAUGAAAAUAAUACUUGCUUAAACGUUGAUACCUUGUUGUGUAGAUUUUAUUGUUGUGAAAUUAUCUCAUCAUUUGUUGAGUGUAGUAUAUUUAUGAUAAGGGGAAAUAACUCUGCACAGAUUAACAGCUGCCACACCAGGUUUUAAAUACUCCCUACUUGGGCUACUGUAACAUCAGUUGCACUGCCUACCAUAUAUAGAUGUCUGCUGUGUUGACAGUGUUUCCUUCUGUCAGUGUGGUAUGAUUCUAGAGCGGCAAUCACUUCACUGCUUUAAUGCUUGUGUGUGGUCAUUUCUGUCUUGUCGAUACCAGUACCUAGUUAAAACUGCCUAUGUGCUGUUGGCUAGCUUAUGUGAAACAGGAGGGGCUUUUGUGCCCUGUACAAGUAACCACCUAGAGGUGAGAAGAAGGGUUAUCAUGAAUAAAAGCUUAAGUCAGUUGUAAGCUACGCAAGAACAGUAUCUGCCAUGACAGAUUAACAAGAUUGGGUAGUCGUUAGCGUCUUUUGUGUAGUAUAUAAAACAUAUUCAAUGAUAGAAACAAAAGGGUGUUCUAAAGAAGAAUAUUUCGAAUGAAACAGCAAAUGUAGUGUAUGCAUGUUAAUAAAACAAAAUAGUUUGGCCUGCAGUUAAUGGUUUAGGGCCUUGUGCUCCAAUGUAAGGAGAACCAGCAGUUUUGUUCACAGAUAGAAUUGACUGGUGCAGGAGCAGUGACAAUAAUGGAUGCAGGUUCUAGGGAUCAGAUCAUCAAGCAUGUUUGUGCCAAAUCAUAAUUUUUUAAAUGAUUGUUUAGUUGGGUUUUCUCCCCUAGAUAAAAAAAACAAGAGUAAUCAUAAGUACAUGUAAAGGUUGGAAUAUUUGGAUUUUAGAUGUAGUGAAAUAAGAGUCUGAUAGAAAAUAUUUAUUUGUCAACAUUGCUGCAAUUCAGUGAGUUGAAAUGAUGUGGUUGUUGCAGUGAGUCUAAAUGGCACUUUGUGAGGAUAUUCAGUAAGUCUAUAUGCCAAGCCUGUAUACUUCAACAAAUGGGAAAUGUUAUGAUCACAGCAUUACAGGUCUUCCCCGAGAUGGGAAAUGUCAAAGGGCUGAAGUUUGAGAGCAGGUGGAACCAUAUUGAAAAAAACAACAAACCUAAAUGUCAAGGUUUGUGCAUAUUGACAAACUGUUUGAACUUGAAUCAGCAUGUCAUACCAUUAUAAUUUUGAAAUCCGAUGAAUAUUAAAUCAGUUUUAAUGUGGGACAAUCAACUUGAUAAUACAAUCCUCUGGCACAUAAUUGAUACCUCCUGACUUUCACUGUUUUAAUUGAAGGUAAUUGAAGGUGCAUGAUUGCAGACAUGUAUUUACUCCUUGAAGCAUUGGGAUCUAUGGAAUUCCCCAAACUAAACAUUCUACUGAAACAUUAUCAUUAAAAAGGGUUAGGUGAUAAAAUGUAUACUACUUUUCUGUGGCCUGUGAUUUAGGAGAAUUAUGUUGGCAUAAGUUGGACUGAAAACACUUGGGUUAGAUCAAGGUGCCUCUAAAUUAUGCUGUUGAUAUAAAAUACCUUAUGAAAUAAGUAUACAAUUGAUCACUUUUCACUGAGAAAUUCCUCAAGAACUUGUAAUUUGUAUUGUUGUUUUUUUGCAUUAAAACGAAUAUUUGAUUACUUAAACGUGGAUAUGUGGAGAAAUACGUCUGUGUUUCAUUUUCAAUAUUCUGAAGGAAAUGGGACAGUGGGACAAGGAACCUUCAGGGGAGGAACUGCAUGCUCUUGCCACAUGAUGUAUAAGGCUUGAAUCUGAUGGUGGUGUCCCUUUAACAGGGAGCUACCGGCCCAGCACUUCUCUAGCCAUCUAUUGGACCAAAUACCUUAAUCUGUCCUUGUGAUCAUAUGUAAUGUCAAUCUCAGGCUUAUCAACAGACGUAUUUGUUUUUUUAUUUGGUUUAUUUUGCUCUUGACUUAUGGAGAUUUCAUCUUCACUAUGAAAUAAAAUGUCACUAUACAUGUA